GGAUUCAUGUGUGUAUUGUUAGUUAGUAUGUAUGUAUAACUGUUUGCGUGUAAUGUUGUUUGGUGGAGGUUUAGACAAAGUGGUUAAGAAGAUAGUCAUCUCGAUAUGGGUGUUUUAACGACAGGUGAUUGUCAGUCAUUGACAUACAAAGAAAUCCAGGUAUGGAAAGAGCAUAUUAAGACUCAUGGAAUCAUCCAGUUUAUCAACUGGUACAACAAAGUGAAAGAUACUAACCACGACACACUUAAAUGGGGAGAUGAGAUUGAAAUGUUCAUGUUGAAGUUUGACAAAAACAAAAAAUCAGUGAAGUUGUUAUUGAAAGCGAAAGAUUUAUUGAAUACUCUCCAAGAAGCUGAAAACCAAAACCCUGGUCAAACAGACACAGCAUGGCGACCAGAAUUCACAGAGUAUAUGAUGGAAUCAUCACCUGGAAUGCCCUAUGGUGGAAAUAUUGCUCAUUUUAAUACAGUGGAAGCGAAUAUGAAAUUGCGACGUGAAGAACUUUUGUCUCUUCUCAAGCAAAAAGAUGAAUUUGUUGUCACAAUGUCGACUUACCCAAGAUUGGGUUGUGAGGAUACUUUUUAUCCACCUUUGGAAAAUAAAGUUGACGAGAACGAUGCUACAAGAUCAAUUUAUGUAUCUGACGAAGUUCUCAAUCAGCUGCACCCAAGAUUCAAAAAUCUUGCCAAGAUGAUUACAAUGCGUAAAGAGAGAAAAGUGUACGCGGAAGUACCAAUUUUUCGAGAUACGAACACACCAUCCCCAUUCAUGGAUAAAGUUUCAGAUGAUGCAGUUGAAGAUAAAGAAGUAUUAUUGCCAGAUCAUGUUCAUAUGGAUAGUGUGACGCAGGGAUUGGGUUGCGGUUGUCUCCAGGUUACCUUUCAAGCAUGUAACGUACCUGAAGCAAGAGUACUGUAUGAUCAACAAGCUGUUCUCGCACCUAUUGCUAUGGCACUGUCAGCCAGCUCUCCCUGUGUUAAAGGCUACCUUAUCGAUACUGAUACAAGAUGGAACAACAUCUCCAUGUUGUGUGAUGAUAGGACAGACGAAGAAUUAGGAAAAGUGCCAUUGAAAACCAAACAAUUUCGAAUUCCAAAAUCUCGCUAUGGAAGUGUAGAUAUGUUUAUUUCUCCUGACGGAGAGAAAUAUAACGAUACCCCGGUUGUGUACAGAGACGAUCACUUGAAACUUCUCCUUGAUGCAGGCAUUGACCGCCAAAUGGCUGAACAUGUCGCCCAUUUAUUCAUCCGAGAUCCUUUGGCUGUAUACAAAGGUCAGCUAGAUAUUGGAGACGAAGACGAGACCGAUCAUUUUGAAAAUAUCAAUUCAACCAACUGGCAAACGGUUCGUUUCAAACCACCGCCACCUGGAAGUGAUAUUGGAUGGAGGGUUGAGAUGAGACCGAUUGAGACCCAACUGACAGAUUUUGAAAAUGCUGCAUAUGUUACGUUUAUUGUGUUGUUGACAAGAGUGAUUUUGUCAUACGAUCUAAACCUUAUCAUACCGAUGUCGAAAGUUGAAGAAAACAUGAAGAGAGCUGUAAAGAGAGACGCUGUGUCAGAACAAAAGUUUUACUUCAGAAAGAAUCUUGCAAAAGGAAAAGAUGAAAGUGAUGAAUAUGAAGAAAUGACAAUGGAUGAAAUCAUCAAUGGAAAAGGAGAAGAAUUUCCUGGCUUGAUCGGGGUUAUUGAUUUUUAUCUGAGUCAUUUAGACAUUGAUGUUGACACUCGAUGCACCAUCACUCAAUAUCUGAAACUCAUUCGUGGACGUGCUUCAGGCGAACUGAUGACAACAGCCAAAUACAUUCGCAAUUUUAUCCGAAGCCAUCCAAAAUAUAAGUUUGAUUCUGUUGUCACAGACGAAAUAAACUACGAUUUGAUGGAGAAAUGCGCGAGAAUCACAAAAGGAGAAGACACAUGUCCAGAGUUAUUUGCUGAUCCGAACACGAAGACGUGUCACAUUGUGCAUGAAUCAUGCAAAAAGAUGUUGGAAGAGGUGGAAAAGAUAACCAAGAGUUUACCUGGAAGGAAAACAUCUGAACUAUACGUUCAAUAAGCAAUAGCUAUAAAAGUAUAAAGAACGUCUGGAAGACUAUUGUUAUCUUUGAAAGCUCAUGCUUUGUUUGCAGUCACUGAAAACCAAAAAAAAUCUCCUCAUAUAUUUCUUUGUUAUUUAGAAAGUUGUUUUAAUGAAUCACAUCAGCUACCAAUAGUUGCCUUAACACUUGGUUGUUUCCGUGCACGUACUUGUGUUGAAACUAGUAAAAGCUAAAUUAUAGCUAUCUCUGUUUUCUUGGUUUCCACAAAUGAGUACGAUAACAAUUCUACCGCCAAAAUAUUGCAAUCUGGAUGCAAUAUUAUUUAAAAUAAUUAGAACACGUAUGUUAUAUAAAAUUUUGUUUUUAAUUACUAUUAAAACCUUUACUAAUAGAUGUAAAAUAAAAAUAUUGCAUUUUUUUUUAAUGUUGUAUAAGAAUUGUAAUGUGAAAAACAAUUAUUUCUAGAAAA